AUGGCCCUCCCCAAACUCCCGCCACUGACAGGCACCUUUCUGUUCGAGCCCCUAGAGCCCCAGGCGGGUUGGCGCCUGAGAAAGCACGAAUACAUAGACGGGAAUAUGAGCCAAGUGCUAGAAGGAAAAGAGGAGGAAGACAAGUCGCCCAGGUGGGUCCGGACCCGCCCCUCCUCAGCUUCCUAUAAGGGCUGGGGACCUAGGAUUACUGGUUCACACAUCAUGAGGACUUCUGCAAGCCCCCGGACCUUCCUGCUGACCUUCACGCUGCUAUGCACCCUUCUGGGUCUCGGAUGCCCACUCAGCUGUGAAGUGUGUAAAGGCUCCGGACCCACAUGCAAUGGAAAAGUGAAGCCGUGUGAGGAUGGCAAGGACGCAUGCGUGGUCAUUGUGGGGGAGUCCAGCACAAAGGGCCGCCAUGCGGUGAACACCUACAAGGCCUGCAUGAAAUUCAAAGACUGCUACUCUGGCGUCGUGUCCACCACCAUGGGCCCCAAGGACUACAUGAUUUCCAACGCACGCUGCUGUCAGAGCGACGGCUGCAACCAAGGCUCCCUGCCCGCUCCUCAGAACAAUCGCACGGAGAAUGGGCUCCAAUGCCCCUCCUGCAUUGCGCCCUUCCAUGAGACGUGUUCCAGUACCCAGGCAGCCCGCUGUGUUGGGCAUGAGACCCACUGCAUCUACUUCGCUGGCAAUGUGCAGGCUGGAAUCAUCAACACCAGGUUUGCUACUCAGGGCUGUGCUACAGAAAGUGCCUGCUUCACCAAGCCCGGGUCCGAGGUGCCCUCAGCCUCGUACCUCUACUUCCUGCGCCGAGCGGACUGCCUCCCAGCCCCCAAGCCAUCUGGCAGGGCUGAGUGA